CGUAUCUGGUGGUGUCCCACUGCUGAGUUCGCGCUGCUCCCUCUACAUGCAGCAGGAGCUUAUGAGAAGAAGAGAGACAGUUUGUCUCACAUCUACAUCUCCUCGUACACUCCCACUUUGGCCACGCUUGUCCGUGCGAGACGGCAGGUUUCACGAGAUGCGUCCCCGCAACAUUCUGUUGCCAUUGGUCAAGGAAACCCCGAUGGAGGGAAACCACUUGAAUGUGUAGCUCCCGAGGUAGCCUUUGUCGCCAAGCGUCUCGCGCCCGUCGUGUCGUCCUUCAUGCGGCUCGAGGACAGCGAUGCAACGGUCAAGGGUGCAUUUGAUGCCCUGAACCGUAACCAGUGGCUUCACCUGGCCUGCCAUGGAAUGCCUAGUCGACGACGACCAUUUGAAUCUUCCUUCGCAAUGCGCGAUGGGCCGUUGAUGAUCAAGGACAUCAUCCGAUCCAACUGGCAGGAGCCGCAGUUUGCAUUUCUAUCGGCUUGCCACACUACCGUGGGUGAUGAGAAGAGUCCCGACGAAUCGAUCCACCUCGCUGCCGCAAUGCAAUUCUCUGGAUUUCGCAGUGUGAUUGGUUCAAUGUGGUCUGUCGACGAUGAGGUAGCACAGGAGGUCGUGUCUGGUUUCUACGACAACCUGAUCGAUGAACCGCCUUGCUAUCGUCGGGGUCGAUUAUGUGACCACCAAACGACUCGAGAUACUAGGUCAAAUAUAGCCCACCAAGCCAAAGCUAUGCCGAACAUUGUGAGGUUCUUAAGGACGGCGACAAUGUCUGAGUGA